AUGGGAAAUAUGGUCAGUAGUGCCCCAACUAGGGAACGAGACGCAGAUAACGUCACAAGUGAAAGUGAACUGAUGGACAACACAGGUGAUCUCCGUGCUGAUGAAACAACUGAAGCCUUUGAGAUGGCUAGCGAAAACUCUUUAAACGAAAAUGAAGCACGGGUUAAAGCAAAAGAAGAAGAAAUGAAUGAGUUUAGAAAGCAGCUUGAUAUAAAACGUGAACAAAGGAGACAGAUUUUGGCGCGACAUCGUACUGAAAAAGAAGAAUUGGAGAAAGCUUUGCAAAGUGAGAAGGCGGCAAAACUGGAACUAUUUGAAAGCAACAAAUUACUUUGUGAACUACUCUUGAGAAAUAAUAUUGAAAUCCCUGAUAAUCUUAUCCAUUUAAAAGGAAACUGUGAACUCACAGAUGCUUUAGCCAAAAUGACAGAAGAAUUUGAUGAUUUGAAAGCAAAUAAUUUGAAACUUCGAAAGGAUCUAUCAGAAACUAAUCGUGCGCUACAAGAAGCGUACACUGAUAUUGCAGAUCUGAACCAACAAAACACAGAAUCCAUUAAACAGAUUCGUGCGUUGAAAGAAGUGGUAUCAGUUAGUAAAACAAUGAUUAGCCUUCGAGAACAACAACUGAAUGAUUUGAAAGAAAAGCUAAAUGAAAUUGAACGAACUUUAGCGGAUCGCGAGACAAAUCUACUAUCAGCCGAUCUAAGACAAGAGUAUGAACGGCAGUUACAGAAUAUUCGCACACUCAGAGGGCUUUAUGAGGAGCGAGCUCGACUUGCCGAAGUCACCCGACAACGACUGGUCCGAGAGUUGGAUGAACAUAAAGUACUUUAUCAAGCUGAGGUAAAAAAGAGCAACGACCUCAAUACAAAAGUAGAAGAACUUGAAUCAAGAAUAGAUUCCCUAAUAGAUACCAUCGAUAACAAAAAUUCACAAAUAUCUACAAGUCAGAUAGAAACAAACGUCUUGAAGGCCGAAAUGGCAGUCGUAAAUAAACUUUUCUCUCAAGUGCUCCUUGGAGAAAAAACUAAACAAGAUUUAGAUACACUGGUUCAAAGACUAGAGGAAAACCAUGGCAUACUAACACAAAUGGCUGAAAAGGAAAAUGGAUCAGAAGCAUCGUCGGCUUUACCCAAACUUUUGUUAGAGUUAGUCAGUCAAGUGGAUGAAAAUGAAGAAAAGUACAUUAAUGAAACUCAAAAUGACAACGCGAAUGAACCUAAAGACAAAGAGGAAAUAUCAGCAGAACAAGAUUCAGAUGUACAAAAACCGCCAACUACAACUGCUGAAGAAAUAGUAGAAAAUCUACCGAAAGUCUGGAAAGUCUUAAUAGAGCUUCUCAGUCAUCAAAACGCGCCCGACGGAAACUCUCCGGAAAAAGUAACAACGUGCUAUAAAUCCGUUGAGACAAAAUCGGGACCAGUGUUAGUGCCAAGCGUUAGUCAGACUUACAUCAGAUUAAAGGAUCUUAUACUAGAAAAACUGGGUCUCAUAAAAGAGGUCAACCGUAUGAAACAACUCAAUGGCCACCUCGAAACUCGUUUAGAAGAACAAGAACGAAGACUAUGCAUGGUUACAAAUGAGUUAAGCAAAACAUGGCAUGUUGUUGGUCGGCUAAGGAGGCAUCAUCAUCAAUUACAUACCCACGAGAAAAUACUAAAAUAUGAAUUACAACAAAAGAGAAAGCUGUUGAACGAACUUAAAGAAGAACUUGAAUACUGUCGGGAAAAAUGGGAACAAGCUCGUGAAAAGAAUACCCAGUCUGAAAGAGAUUGGAGAACUCUGAGAGCUGAAUUCUCGAGUAGGAAAACAAAAUCUGGCUCACCGUCGUUCAAUAAUUCAGGAGAAAGUGGAUAUAGUGAUGAAAGACCAUCAGACGAAUCUUCUGAAUCGAAUGACGAAAGUGAAUAUGUGGCAGAGCCACUUACUAGAUGUAAGAGGAAACUUAAGAAAUCAUUCGAUUCUAGUACAGACUUUAACAUCGCAGAAAGAGAAGACCCCGCUAGUGAUAUGCUUGAUGUUGCUGAUUUACCACUAGAUACUCAGGAAGGUGAUGAUAAUCAUGAUUUGACUUCUGAACCCAGUAAAAGUGAACGAUUUCCUAAAAAUGGAAUUAUUUGUGAAGAGACAGAAGAUGAAAUUGGAGACAUUACCCACGAUGACUCUUGUCCAGAAGAAUCACAUGCAGAAGAUAAGUUCAUUGAUAAGCCCAAUGAAGACUGCGGUGCUCCCGAAAAUGAAUCACUAUUAGGUCCCACCACUUCUGAUAAACCUUCAAUAAGUUUACCACUGAUCGACCCAGCGGAAAUUUUAAAGAAUGUCCGCCUUCAAAAUGAGAGAUUGGCUAAAAAAGAUCAAAAACUUAAUAGUCUUGAAUCGAGCAGCGCUGCACUAUUAAAAAAGACACAGACAACGGUUAAAAUAAGUGAACAAAUAAAUGAUACUCUGGACCAUCUUAUAAAUAGGCCAACAACGAGUCAAACACUAUGUGUUUCUGAAAAUGAACCUGAAAAAAUGCCUACCUUGCAAAUCGAUACUGACACCGAAAAUAAAGCAAUCUCAACAACAGACAUCAAUCUCACAAGAACAGAUAAUACACAUUCAUUGGAGGACUUAGAAAACAAUAAAGAACACCACUUUGAAGCAACAGACGGAAAACUAGAUAAUGAUAAAGAUACAGUAAAUAAUGAUCAAACUGUAGAAUCCGUAACAACUGAUUCUUCCAACACAAUGUCAGUAAACGACAAACAAGCUUCAAAUGUAGAAACUCCAGAUUUCAAAGCCAUACUAGAAAAUGUUCGAAAACAAAAUGAAAGGCUUGCUAAGAAAGAUGAAAGACUGCAACAAUUAGAAAGCAGUUGUUCUGAGGUGGUAAAUAGUAUAACUGGUACGCUUAAAACAGGUGAUAAAAUAAUCAAGAAACUUGAAACUCUUCACAAUGAAAAAGCACACGGCAGUAAUGAAGGUCCCAAUGUAUCUAGAGGUGAUAAUUCUGGUUCUGACAAAGAAGAUUCAGUACCGUCAACAUCUGGUGAAAUUGAUCACGAGGCUAGAUUUGCUGCGCGUGAUUUACGGUUAAAGCGAUUGGAAGAACAAACAAAAUCACUCGUAAACAAAGUUAACAAAACCAACUCUAAAGGCGUGAAAAUACAUUACAAAUUGGAAGAGCUGCAUAAUAUUUACGGCUCAGAAAGUUCUCGGGCUGGCACACCGUCAGAGGAAAAUGAGGACAAAAGUAAUGCCAAUGAUUCUCCAGAAGAAUAA